AACAGGUGAGCGGACAGACGCUGGAGGAGGACUGUUGUUGCUCUGAACGUGCUCACACAUGGCCAUGCUGAUGAAUGAGACCGGGUCCCACCUGCCGCUGUCCGAGUUCGGCUUCGAGCGGCGCUUUGACGAGAGGGGAGCCAUCGAGUGGAUGCAGGCCAACUGGAGCAAGUCUUUCAUGUUCAGCGCUUUGUACGCCGCCCUGGUGUUCGGAGGGCAGCACUACAUGAAGCCCCGCCCCAAAAUGAACCUGCGACGACCACUCGUGCUCUGGUCACUCAGCCUGGCGCUCUUCAGCAUCAUCGGUGCGAUUCGAACCGGCAGCUACAUGUUUCACAUCCUGAGCAGCAGCGGCUUCAGGCAGUCCGUCUGUGACCAGAGCUUCUACAGCGGACCCAUCAGCAAGUUCUGGGCGUACGCCUUCGUCCUGAGCAAAGCUCCGGAGCUCGGCGACACGGCCUUCAUCGUGCUGAGGAAGCAGAAGCUGCUCUUCCUGCACUGGUACCACCACAUCACCGUGCUGCUCUACUCCUGGUACUCCUACAAAGACAUGGUGGCCGGCGGCGGCUGGUUCAUGACCAUGAACUACGCCGUCCACGCUCUCAUGUACAGCUACUACUCUGCUCGUGCCGCCGGCCUGCGCGUGCCGCGGCCCUUCGCGGUGCUCAUCACCAGCGCUCAGAUCGUUCAGAUGGGCAUGGGGCUGGCGGUGAGCGGUCUGGUGUACCGCUGGAUGCAGCACGGAGACUGUCCGUCCCGCCUCGACAACAUCACCUGGGCGGCGCUCAUGUACCUCAGCUACCUGCUGCUCUUCUCCAACUUCUUCUACCAGACGUACCUGCGCCGCCACGGCACUGCCAAGAGCACCAAGUCGGAGUAGAGGCGGUGUGAGGCUCCACCGGGGGCAUCAUGGGAGAUUUGUCUUCCUCUUACUGAUACUGAAGCUGCUAAUGUUCAACAACUAAACUUUAAAUGUUCUUCGUGCCUGAAGAGUCUGAAAUCACAAGAAGGAAAAUCCUCUGAAUCGGGACUGAAGGUUUGUCUCGGCUCAGAUGGACGGUUCAACUCCCGGCCAAGACUUUAUUUAACGGGUUGGUGGUGACUUCCUGGGGAUGAACGGAGACGACCUCAAUGCACCUGAACGCCAGGUGAACAAGUAGUUCAUAGAGCAGACCUGCGAAACAAAGCACCGGCUGCUUUCAAAGUCCUGACGGUGUCCACGUUUCCCUAAACGUCUCUUCAUCCCAGGAGGUCACGUCGACGUUCGACCUGUAGAACAAAGUUACUGACAACAACGUGUGCCUUUGAACAAUUUCUCGUCCGCUCGAAUCGUCGACGUGAGGAUGACUGAAUCUUCAUCCAGAUGGCGUUUUGUGUUUGUGUCGCACGUGGCGUCCAGCAGGACCGCGUUUCUUUCAGUCCCGUCCUGCUCGUGCGGGUUGAACUGGUUUCACCUCGACGCAGCCCGUUCCCAUAGCUACACCUGAACGCAGCACAGACGGGAGCCUUGCUGAGGUGAGCUCAAAACCUGUGAGCUGGAGGAAGUGCUGGACCAAUCAGGAGACGCCUCAGUGUACAAACACAAACUAAAAUCCGUUUAGAUUAGAAACCGUCUAAACUGUUUGAGUUCUCAGUCUUCAGAGGUUCAGUUUGUUCACACUUUGUAUUUUAAGAUGUUUACUUUAAAAAAAUCUGUUCUUCUGAAAUGAAAAAUGUUUUUAUUUAUUGAUUUAUUUAUUUGACAUAUGAUGGCAGCCAGUCGGUAGCCGGAAAGUCUCGAACACUCGUGUUGUCUCACCUUCACUGAACUCAUUUCAGAACUCGCAUCACGUGGGGAAUAUUUCGGAGUUUAUUUUCCACCAGAGACCGUUUGAAGUUUGUUUUAGUUGCACAACUGUUUGUUUCUGCAGCCGUCGAUCCUCUUCGUUAUUAUUAUUAUUAUUAUUAUUAUUAUUAUUAUUAUUUUAGUGUGUGUGUGUGUGAGAUGGUGAAGUUUUGAGCUGGAAAAAAUCGAAUAAAGACGCCGUUUAUACA